AUGAAACCUCCAAAGAAAUUCACCCCACCAAAGUUCACUUCAUACGACGGGAAGUCGGACCCGCUGACACAUAUUAGCCAUUAUAGACAGAUGAUGUCCCUAUGGAACCAAGAUGAGGCACUGAUGUGUAAAGUCUUCCCAUCCAGCUUGGGAGAAACCGGACUUCGAUGGUUUGAUCGUCUCCCCACUGGAUCGAUCCAUGGCUGGAAGCUGCUCUCUGAAGAGUUCCUAGCCAGGAGGUACUGGGAAGAGUACAAUGACCUGGAGGAAAAUGUGUGUAGCGAGCAGAUGGCCGUUAUGUCCUUCAAACAUAGUCUGCGCCCAGAAAGUAAGCUGAGACAAUCACUUACCAAGCGCCCGGCCACAGCUUUAAAAGAUUUGCGUGCCAGGAUUGAGCAGUACGCUCGCCUCGAAGACGAUCAGAUCCCCAUCGAGGUAGCGUCAGCAGAACAAAUAGCUUGGCACAAGAAGAGAGCAGAUCAAGGAGAAGACCGAGGGAUUGUAGUGAAUGAAGUGGAUAAGUCCAAAUCCCACGAAGCUAUUGUGACUGUAUUCAAAGAGCCAAUCUAUCGAAUCCUGGAAAAGAUCAAGAGAGACCCCUUCUUCGUUUGGCCGCCGAAGAUGUUGGGAGAUCCGACUUGGCGCAAUCAGAAGCUCAGAUGCACCUACCACCAAGACAGGGGGCACAUGACUCAGAACUGCAGGGAACUGAAGUAA